UUGCUAAGCAAAAUCGAAGAAAACCCACAAAACCAGAUCGGCGAUCCACCGAAAAAGCAAGAAAUCGAUUGUAAAUGGGUCAACAGAAGGCUUUGAUCUAUGCGUUUGUCGGUCGUGGGAAUGUUAUAUUGGCUGAAUACAUAGAUUUCAGUGGUAACUUCUACUCCAUAGCUUAUCAGUGUCUUCAGAAGCUGCCUGCUUCCAAUAACAAGUUCACUUAUAACUGUGAUGGUCAUACCUUCAACUACCUUGUUGAUAAUGGAUUCACAUACUGUGUGGUUGCUGAGGAGUCUGUUGGAAGACAAAUUCCAAUAACGCUUUUGGAGUGCAUUAAGGAUGAUUUCAUGUCAAAAUAUGGGAGUGGGAAGGCUGCGACAGCUCCUCCUAAUAGCCUGAACAAGGAAUUUGGCCCUAAGUUGAAGGAGCAUAUGCAGUAUUGUGCUGAACAUCCUGAGGAAAUUAGCAAACUUGCCAAAGUGAAAGCACAGGUUUCAGAAGUUAAGGGUGUUAUGAUGGAAAACAUUGAGAAAGUUCUUGAUCGUGGAGAGAAGAUAGAGCUUCUUGUUGAUAAGACAAAGAACCUUCAUCACCAGGCACAAGACUUCAGGAACACGGGAACCCAAAUACGGAGGAAGAUGUGGCUGCAAAACAUGAAAAUCGAGCUGAUAGUGUUAGGUAUCCUCAUAGCUUUGAUCCUCAUCAUUGUUCUCUCAGUUUGCAAGGGAUUCAAUUGUGGAAAGUGAGGAUGUUUCUAUUGUGAUGCUAUAGUUGUAUGAAAAGCUUUGUCUUAUAUCAGCAUUUACAAUUCUGUGAGAAUAGAGAUGGUGUAUGUUUCUGUAUGUAUUAGCCUACUCACUUUUUU